UGCUGUGUGUUGGAAAAAAUUUUAUUAUUCGCAGCGAAAAAGCGAAAUCCUCACAACAGGGAGGAGGGACACACAAGAACUAGCCCACCAGGCGGACAAAUAUCGAAACAUGGCAACCUUGUUGUGUUAAAUAACUUUUUUACUCGAAAAAAUCCAAAAUUUUUUAAAAAUCUAUUAUUUAACUUAGUCAACAUUUACAUAUCGAGCGUUAACGAUUCGUAAUGAAUAAUGCAGAAUAAUUAAAACAAAUUCCACGUAGAUAUCGAAUAAACCGUGAAUUUCGUCGGUACUAUUUAGCUCUGGUGAGCCAUCUAGCGGUCAAAAGAGUCACUCGAAUGGCCAGAUCGAGGGGAGGUGUUUUCUCUUCUCUCCAUCCGCCCCGGAAACUUUAAUUAAGACAAAGCGAUGGAAGGGGGAGACGACGUAGAGGAUAAGAUACAAAUAAUCCACAAAUCUAAUCUCGGUCUUAAAUUGGCAAUCACGGAAACGUCAUGGAUUCCCGCCCGGCAAGCCGUCUGCUUUCAAAAAAUAAGAGAAGAGCCAAUUGUCGUUAUUACCUUUUAGUAGAAGCGGCGGCAUAUACAUAAAUAUAUAUCAGAGAGCGCGACAGCAGCACAGCUGCUUCUCUCUGUGAGUAUAGAGUUAACCAUCCGGGGGUAGUAGUGCACUGGCAAUCCGGUGUGUGUGUAUAUUGACGUCCGCGUCAGGGGCCCACGGCGGCGUCAGUAUCACAGCGACGGCUAACAGAUCCGCACGUGUCUCCGUUUGUUUCCUCGACCGAAAAAAAAGUGUUGUGUGUGCGUCUAUACUUGUUUUGUCGCUUCAGCCAAUGAUGACCUAAGAAAUAAAUCCGUCCAAAAACCAGAGAGAAAAACAACAAAAUUUUUUAAAAAAAGGACAAAAGUUAUUUCAGAAAAUGGCACGUCAACUCAUCAUUGGAUUACUACUCUUUUGUGUCAUCGUUCACGCGGCGCAAUCUCAAGAAUUGAAAAAUGGAACGGCCUGCAAGGAGGAGAUACUGCAACUUGUUUGCGAGUCCGAGACGGAAGUUUUGGUUAUCCAUCGGGCGGUUUUCGACGGACAAGAUUCGGAUGGAUGCGGAUUUCUGAUGCCGAUCAACAUCUCUUCCCUACUGCCACCGGUGUCAUCGGCCAUUCAACAACAACCAAAGAAUAUAACCGAUCAGGAGGAACUGCAGGAAAUGAUCGAACUGGAUAGUCGCCGGCGAUUAUUCUCCGUCCAAUCGACUGUCAACCGCCGAUGUAGCGGCUUAAACAACUGCACCGUCCAAUUGGAAAACGAUGAACCGCAAGCCAAGCAAUGGGGAGAUGGCAAACUCCAAGUUCUCUACAACUGCAUCCCAGCCAAGUCGGCUAGGUACAGUUGUGACGCCAAAAUCGAAAUUGUCACUCCCGAAAUGCAGCAGCAGCAAAGUGCUCCUGGGCAAAUCCUGGUCUCUGAAGAGGAUUCUCGAGUCACGCCUACAACGAUGGAAACGGCGGGAGAAGUGCUUUUGUCGACUCCGGUUUCAAUCAAACCCAAAUGGUAUCCAGGGCCGGAGCAGGUCGUUGGCUGGGGUUACCUACACAAUAUGGGAUACCCUUCCUACUACCGUGGAAGCAUUAAAGGAGCCUCGACAGGAGCCUCGUCAGGAGCCGAGGAAACGGUCGAUUGCCGGUGGACCGUUCGAGCCACUCACGGACGUCGAGUUCGACUCACUUUACUCGAUUUGUCCAUCAGAAGUGUGCUGCACGGAGAGCACGAGUGCAAAGAUGUUUUGACCGUGACGGAACAUUCACGCUUGUUACUCAACAAAUGCGGGCAAGUGGAAGAGCCGCUGGUGAUUGAAUCAUCUUCCGAUGAGAUUAACAUCACCCUGUCGGUCAAAUCGCAUUUCAUUCCAAAGAGGGGACUCAUGGCCUAUUUCACUGCGAUGGGGUGUCCGACGCCGCGAGUUCCUAAACAGGGUUACCUAGUCACCGGAAGUAAUUCGUCUAGGGCGGAAUUCAUUUGUUCCGUCGAUCACGUGUUUCCCGACACGGGCCUACGCUUCCGCAAUCUCACCUGCCUGGACCAAGAAGGGCACAGGUGGAACGAAGACCUGCCAGACUGCAUUGAUAUUAAACAUUUCAAUAAUAAAUCCUCGUCGUCAUCCAAUCACACUCCGAAGAAUCAUAAAGCAAUUAACCGAACUGCUACCGAACCGGAAGCUGGCGAAUUAACCUACAGUCUCACAUACGAUUUGAUCGUUCCUACUUCCAUCAUUGCUGGACUCAUCCUGGGCAAUCUAAUCGUCUUGGCGGGAGUGAUCCAUUGUCGACGACGCAACAGCAGGAAAUUGGGCGGUCAAAAGGUCGAAAGUGGUAAAGGCGGUGCUGACGACGGCGAGGAAUGCGUUCCGCUUCAAGAGACUCCCGGACCGAGCGACGUUCCACAGAAUCGAGUCGGAACGCCAGUUUAACAAAACACACAAUCCAACUGUUGAUGAGGCUAAAAAUAAUAAUAACAAAUGAUUUCAAAUCCAGUCAACCAUCAAAACGUUUCUGUAAUUGAAUAUAAGAAACAUAAGCUCAUCAAUCUUAACAAGAUUUUUUUUUUAAAUAAAAAUAUACUCAACUUUUUCAUCAAUUAAUUUUUCAAGAAAACAAAAUUCUUACUGUUUCUUUUUUCCGCUUGUUUUGGUAUUCGUGUGUGUGAGCUUCCUUUUGAAUUCUCCCGCCGUUGUCGUAUAAUCUUGCCGCCAUUCAACUUUUAAAAAUAUCAUCCGAAAAUUGUGUUUUUCUCCUCCUAUCGCUUCGAAAUCAUCCCCCAUUUGAAUGUCUAAUUGCAUUAUAUAUCAAUGUCACAAAUACAAGAUAAAAAAAGA